UUGAGAUAUAACCAUUAACAUCUCUAUCAUGUUUUUUUUCAAUCCAAAUUAGUUCAACUCUCAACAACAACAUAUCAAUGAAAUCUCCAUAGCACAAAGAAGAAGAAGAAGAAGAAGAAGAAGAAGAAGAAGAAGAAGAAGAAAAAGAAAAACUGAAAAAUGGGCGGGUUUGAUGGAAACAAUUACAAACCCGUAACGGGUUUAAUCGGAUUACAGUUGAUGAAUGCAGGGAUCGCCAUCUUCAUCAGAGCUGCUCUCUUACAAGGAUUGAGCUCCAUGGUCUUCGUUGUCUACCGCCACGCCAUUGCAGCUUUCAUUUUAGCUCCGCUUUCUUACCUGUCAACUAGGAGAAAUUCUUGCAGGUUUCCCUUGAAAUUGAAGAGCUUUUCAUGGAUUUUUCUUGCUUCUCUUGGGCUAACUGCCAAUCAGACUCUCUAUUUUGAAGGACUAUACUUGUCGUCUUCAACGGUAGGAAGUGCAAUGAAUAAUCUCAUCCCUGCGAUCACAUUUGUUAUGGCUACCAUUUUGGGGAUGGAAAAACUAAAAGUUGGAAGCUUGAGAAGCCUGGCCAAGAUUAUUGGUACAAUUUUCUGUGUAAGCGGAGCCAUUACCAUGGCAUUUCUCAAAGGUAACCAGACGCUAAACACAGAAUUGCAACAGCCAAAACUUUUCAUCAGUCUUCAAGUUGACGAUUAUUGGUUAUUGGGAUGCAUAUUUCUUUUUGCAAGCAGUUGCUUCUAUUCACUUUGGAUCAUUUUGCAGGUUCCUAUUUCGGCAAGUUGUCCCGAUUACUUGUACUCAUCUGCUUGGAUGAGUAUAUUGGCUACAAUUGAGUCAGCAGCAAUUACGCUUCUUGUAACUAAAGAUUACGCAGCUUGGAAUUUGACUUCUUAUCUUCAAAUUGGUUCUUGCUUAUACGGGGGAAUUGUGCAAGCUCUGGCCUUCUAUAUUCAAGCAUGGUGCAUUUCACAAAGAGGCCCUCUCUUUACUGCAAUGUUCAAUCCUUUAUCCACAGUAAUAGUGACUGUUAUAGCUGCUAUUUUUCUACAUGAAGAGACUUACCUUGGGAGCUUGAUUGGUGCUUUUGCUGUGAUUAUUGGUCUGUAUAUGGUGCUAUGGGGUAAAGCCGACGACCUGCAAGAAAGUAAAAACAAUAUGCACUUGGAACUGCAGAAUGACGAUUUAAGCAUUGUACGACUAUUAGUAGAUGAAUCUAUAGAGAAGAAUAAUUCUACAAUCGGUUUGGAAGAGCCACUUAUUCCUCACAAAUCUGCUAAUGUUGCGGAAUGAUAUUUUCUACAGGUAAAACUAUUGUGAGUGAGGAGAACCUGUUUUCGGGCAUGCUUCCUUUUAGACGCACUGUACUAACCUCGGGUAGCAUUUACAACAAAACAGAUCCGUUCAUACAUGGAAGAACAAAACGACCAAGGAUUACUCAGACAUUCUAUUGUAAUUUGUUAUAACUUGUACCAUUUGUAUCCAUUAUAGGUUUGUAUAAUUGUCCAUUCCCAAAAUUUGUAAUUAAUAGUUCUGAAUCAGAUGCGGAAAAGUUUGAGCUUA